AUGAGAUCAAUCCACCCCUGUCUGAAGCUAAGCGACUGCCAGCGCACAACGUGGACAACGCAUGUUUUAGGCGAGACCCAAAAUUACUCUCGAUAUAUUUUUAAAAAUUCGGUCUCCUUCCAUACAAUUCCCGGGUACAGCCAACUUGAAGCUCUUCAAGCCGCCCUCUUGGCUUAG